AUGUCAGUAAUUGUCAGUCAUCUUGAAGCAACUUUUCAUUCCCUCUCCCUCUUAUCAAGCCCAACCACAAAGAGACCUACUGUUUGUCGUUGUUCUUUUACUUAUUUGUCUAGGAUUUCUGGUAUUUUCAGCUAUGUUCCGAAUCCCGUGUUGGUCAUAAUAGAUGUUCAACCAAAGGAGUUGGGAAUACCCACCAAAGCUUACUAUGCUGUUGAAGAGGUUAAAGAGAAUGCUACGCAGAAAAGCCAGAAGGUUUUUGUUCAUGUUCCGUCGGAAAUUGCUGCUCAUGAAGUGGAGGAAAUUGGAGUGGAGCACUUGCUGAGAGAUGUGAAGGAUACAACCAUCAGCACACUUGCAACUGAGGUCACUGGAAAACUUGCAGCUCUAAAGGGUUUGGAUGCACGUCUACUAGAGAUACGUAGUUACCUUGAUCUUGUUAUUGAUGGAAAACUCCCAUUAAAUCAUGAAAUUCUUUAUCAUUUACAGGAUGUAUUCAACCUUCUUCCAAAUCUCAAUGUGACUGAGUUAAUCAAGGCUUUUGCAGUGAAAACAAAUGACAUGAUGCUUGUCAUAUAUCUUUCAUCCCUGAUCCGAGGUGUCAUCGCGCUUCACAAUUUGAUCAAUAAUAAGAUGCUUAACAAAGAACACGAGAAAGCCGAGGAUGCAAAGCCGGCAACAGUACCACCCAUUGGUGGAAGCUAAACGAGGGUUUUAUCACUAAUUAGGUUUUCAGCCAUGGUAAAAUUCAAGCUUUGGGGGAGAGUGAACCCGAGAUAAGCUAUUUCGACAACUCUCAUUGAGAAUUUCCAGAAUGCAAUCGCAGAGAACAGGGCUUCAAACGUUGGAUUCAUGAUUCCUUUCGACUUGUAAUAUGUUGGUGAACUUUACAUUGCUUAGCACUUGUACCAUUUUCUACUUGUCAAACAUUAUAGCAAUUCAUAUUCGUUUUAUUCGACAUUCUGGGUUCCUUCCAAUUGAUGCGUUGGGUUCAAUUUGGAUUCUUUACCCUAGACAACUGUGUGUGGAUUGAUGACCUUCUUUAACAUGC